GCAGAGCUUCAGCUGUGCAGAAUAGAAGAGGAGACAGGUCUCUGCAAAGACAGAGGCACAGCGUGUAGAAUAUUUCUUGUUCAGAAAAUUUUGAAGAACCUUUCAAAUGGCAGUAAUGCUGCGUACUGCUUUGAUGGCUUUUGGAAUCCUGGCAUCAGUCACUAGCUACAGAAAUGGAAAAGUGGAAAAGGUGUGUGAAAGUAUGGUGCCAAGACAUGGUGGUGAACCAAACACUACUGCCAUCCCAUACACUUUGACUGUAGAUACCAGCGAAUUCAGUCCUGGGGAUCACAUUCAAGUCACCCUGUCGGGAAGUGUACACUUUGAAGGUUUUCUGAUCGAGGCCAGAGAUCUGGCAGAUGUGGAUGGACCCGCUAUCGGCUCCUUCAUGCUGCUCAACCCUGCAGUUAGUCAGCUUCUGAAAUGCCACAUGAUCCAGGGGUCAGCUGUUAGUCAAACCAGUGAGACUAGGAAGACUGAAGUGAGUGUUGUCUGGAAUGCUCCCACUGGUGCCCCUUCAGCUGUUCUCUUUCUAGCAACUGUAGUGGCUCAUUACAGUAAUUUCUGGAUCAAGAUCCCCAGUCCAGUCAUUACUCAGAGUGGAAUGACCCCACCCUCAAUCUCGUCUACCAGCUCCACAAGCUCUGCACCUGAAACCACAGCCAUACUGCUGCAGCCAUUCAGCUUGGAAGGCUGUGGCGUGUGGAAGUCCUGUCUGCAGGACCCCGCCGGCUGUGACCCUUCCACAGACCUGGACUGCUUCUUCCUGUCUUACCGUGUGGAGGGUCAGAGUGUGCAGUUUGAGUUGAGCGGGACUACGCAUGGCUAUGUUUCCUUCGCUCUGUCUGAGGAUGAGUGGAUGGGAAAUGAUGAUGUUUAUCUGUGUGUGAACAAUGGAGGCCAUGUACAUGUGGAAGCAGCAUACGCAACAGGAAGGAGUUACCCAGAGGCAGCAGAUAAGAACGUGCUCAGUGAUGUGGGCUGGAGGGCGGCAGGAGGAGUGAUCCAGUGCAGUUUCCGCAGGGCAGUGGACAUCCCGCAGGAGCCGCAGCGCUUCAGCCUCACCCACCCGUACUUCCUCUUCCUUGCACAGGGCAUCGCACAGCGUGGUCAAAUCAAUAAACAUGAACGUCAACCCUUCAUAUCAGCUCAGCGGCAUGUCAUUACCGGCACACCGGAGAUAGUGACAGGAUCCCACUCACCCUUGAUCAUGAAAUGCCAUGGUGCUCUGAUGCUGAUUGCUUGGAUGAUGUCUGCCAGCAUAGGCACUUUCUUUGCAGGCCUUUUCAAGCCAGACUGGCCUGAAAAGACCCUGUUUGGACAAAAAGUCUGGUUCCAGGUGCACCGUGGGCUGAUGUGGCUGACAUUGGCUCUCAUGAUCGCUGGCUUCAUUUUGCCUUUUGUCUACAGGAGAGGCUGGAGCACGGAAGCUACUGCUCAUAUGUGCUUGGGCUGCAUCGUCAUGGCUCUCACUGUCAUUCAGCCAAUCAUGGCUGCCCUCAGACCGGCACCAGACUCAUCAUGUAGAUGGAUAUUCAAUUGGCUACACUGGGGUGUGGGAAAUACAGCAGAGGUUUUUGCAGUGGUGACCAUUUUUGUUGGGAUGCAACAACAAUCUCUCUGUCUUCCACUCCCGCAAUCCACUGGGAUUCUCUCUGGCUUCAUUGUCUGGGUGGCCUUUUCUAAGAUAAUCCUGGUGAUAUACAAAUUGGGUCUCUUUCAGCGAGGUAGUGAAUCUCCUGAUGAACAUGCAAUUCUCCCUGGUCAUUCAGUCAGAUGGAAAUGGGAUACCAGGUGCAAGAUGAUUGCCCUUGCUAUCUUUGUUACUGGGAUCUCACUGUUCCUGAUUGCUCUCCUCUGCUCCAUAAGUGCAAUAUGAGAGAUGUCCCAGAGCCUGCCACACACUGGUAAUGGACAGGGCACCCAAGGCUCUCGCGUAUGA